GCAGUAGAGCUCUUGAUCUAUAAUUCGUGUCUCGAGACCAAAAAUGGCAACAAAACAGUACUAAAUGCGAACGCGCUGUUCUAAUGGUCUGUUAUUACUUCAGUGAUGAUUAAGUGACUACUUUAUUACGGAUUUAUUGUACAAAUGUUUUUAUGUAUGGUACUAUGAGCGAUGCAGCGAAAAAUCGUGUCAUAGCGCUUGGAACACAGUUCAAUUGCGCCGAGAGAGCGCAAGACCCGCUCACGGUUCAAUUCGAAGGAAGUACCAAAAAACCUUUUUGGAAACGGAACACAAGUAAACUUCCCGGAAGUAUAAAGCCUGUGAUCUCUAGUCAAAGUCAUGGAGCAACAGCUGAUACAGCUGCCACCACGACUGUCACAACUUCUGCAAGUGCUGGUUCAAUUGGAGCUAAUAGUCUUAAAAGCAAGCUCAAGUCAUUAUCCUUCCAAGAGUUUGACAGCAAGAUGGCUGAUGCAUGGGAAGAGUCUGACGAUGACAUUAUCAAAAUAGGCCAGAGGUCUCAGACAGCAGGGGAGGGGAGGGUCAGGACAAUCAGUGGAGGUGAUGUCAGAGCAGGUUUCACCAGUGAUAUGGACACAGAUGAACUUCACCAACAGCCAGCCAUUUCCAGCAAGCGAGAAGAGUACCACCACAAACAAGGAGAUGCCAGCAAGCGAGAAGAGUACCACCACAAACAAGGAAAUGCCAGCAAGCGAGAGGAAGCCAAGGAGCAGGUGUCCAGACCUUCACCACUUAGUAUCCUCACACGGCACAAACACCAGUCACAUGGGAGCAAGGCAGCCCAGCAGACAACCCCCCCAUUACCUUCCAUCCAAGCACCCAGACCCCCAUCCCCAAUACGAUCAGUUCGCCUGGAAUUCCAGGAACAGGAAAUAUACAAGCUUGAAAAGUUUGGCAAGCUUUUAGCUGGACCUAACACUGACCUUGAGGCUAUAAGGAAGCUCAGUUGGUCAGGCAUUCCAAUGGCUGUCAGGCCAACAACUUGGCAACUGCUCUCAGGAUAUUUGCCUGCCAAUAUUGACAGACGUCAAGCAACAUUAGAUCGCAAGAGAGAGGAAUAUCAUAAUUUUGUGAAGCAAUAUUACCCUACCAGAUAUGAAGAGAUAUAUACAGAUACAUUUAGACAGAUUCAUAUUGAUAUACCAAGAAUGAACCCAUUAAUACCGUUAUUUCAACAAAUAUUGGUCCAAGAGAUUUUCGAGAGGAUCCUCUACAUCUGGGCCAUCCGCCAUCCUGCAAGUGGCUAUGUGCAGGGAAUGAACGAUCUGGUCACUCCGUUCUUUGUUGUCUUCUUGUCAGCCUAUGCUGAUGGCGACCUAGAAAAUUAUGAUGUUCAAAGUUUAUCUCAAGACAUUCUUGAUACCAUAGAAGCUGAUAGUUUUUGGUGUAUGAGUAAACUUCUUGAUGGCAUACAGGACAAUUACACAUUUGCACAACCAGGAAUCCAGAAAAAAGUGAAUGCUUUAAGAGAACUUGUACAAAGAAUAGAUGAGCCUCUUCACAAACACCUUGCUGAGCACAACGUGGAGUACUUACAGUUUUCUUUCCGCUGGAUGAACAAUCUGUUGAUGAGGGAGAUGCCCCUUCGCAGCACCAUCCGUCUUUGGGACACAUACCUGUCUGAAGAGGACGGCUUUGCAACUUUUCAUCUUUACGUGUGUGCUGCCUUUUUAGUGAACUUCUCUAAGGAAAUAAUGACAAAGGCAGACUUUCAGUAUUUAAUGGUUUUGCUGCAAAACCUGCCAACUGACAACUGGACAGACGAGGAUGUAAAUCUGUUGCUAGCGGAGGCUUUUCGGCUCAAAUACAUGUUUGCUGAUGCACCCAAACAUUUGCAAAGCAAGUAGAUUUGAUAUUCAACGACUUGCAAUAGAGAUAAUCCCCUUCUACAAUCGUCCUUUUUAUCAGUCACACGAGAGAAUGCUUAAAUUGAACUUUGAACUUGGGGAAAACAGUCUAGUACGAGGUUUUCCUACCCGGGUUUCCUGUGGUUUCCAUAAGUUGUUUUAUUUACAGAAGCCAACUCCCUUGUUUGGCUGGCAAAGAAUGCAAAAUGUGUAAAAAAAAAAAAACCAGGAAUAUCAUCAGUAUUAUGUUACUCCCAUUAUGUGCCAAGUACCAGUUCACUUAAACGUCACUCCACAUGUUUGCCAGUAAUGUUAGAACGGGAGCAAGAAAGGUUGUUAUAUCGAGAUGGACGUCUCUGCCAUCAGUUUGUGGAUGGUUAGCCGAGAACUGUACUGCAUGACAUUGCACAAUUCUAAGUGUAUGUAAAGACUUUGUAAACAAUCCAAUUUGUUUUGCAAAAAUAGCAAAGUAUUUUAAAACUUUUGGAAAUGUACUGUAUACAAUACACCUAGAAAUUGACAAUGUAAGGGAUAAAAUAAGUUGACCCCCCCUUUAGGAGUAAAAAUAUCGCAUGAUCCUUUAUGCUUCCCCCAUAAUUCCGGUGCCAGCCCCACCCACCCCCCCCCCUCCCGAAAACCGUAGAAAGAAGGAGCAAAGGAUCGAACGGCAAUGACAAUGUCAAAGGAAUGCGAUCAAGAGAUUAGCUGCGUGCUUGGCAGAAAAUGGAAGGGGAAGGAAUUGGCUGAAUUCAGAAAAAGUGAAGGCACUCAAUUUCUCAAAGAUGCAACUAACUCCAAGGCACUCAAUUUCUCAAAGAUGCAACUAACUCCAGGUUGCAACCUGAAAAUGGUUGAUGCUAUAGAUGACGUAAAAGAAGCAAAAAGGCUUUUCGAUCUUCUCCUUGCAAGAAAAGCGCAGCACAA